GAGUUGGUCGGCGGACGCCGGAAGUAGUUCGUCGCUCUGUAGCGGCCGAAGGGGCGGGCUCGCGGGCUGGGGGUGUCUCGGCAGCUUUCGGCUCGCUCGGUGGAGCAAGAUGGCGGACAUCUCCCUGGACGAACUCAUCAGGAAGCGCGGGGCGGCGGCGAAAGGACGGCUUAAUGCCAGACCGGGGGUUGGAGGUGUCCGAUCUCGAGUUGGGAUCCAGCAAGGCCUUCUCAGCCAGUCAACACGCACAGCCACCUUCCAGCAGAGAUUUGAUGCCCGGCAAAAGAUUGGCCUCUCAGAUGCCCGGCUCAAACUGGGAGUCAAGGAUGCCCGGGAGAAGCUUUUGCAGAAAGAUGCCCGAUUUCGGAUCAAAGGGAAAGUGCAGGAUGCCAGAGAGAUGUUGAACUCUCGCAAGCAGCAGACCACGGCGCCCCAGAAGCCCCGCCAGGUCGCUGAUGCCCGGGAGAAGAUUAGCUUGAAGAGGAGUUCCCCUGCUGCCUUCAUAAACCCACCUAUUGGGACAGUGACCCCUGCUCUGAAACUCACCAAAACCAUCCAGGUUCCACAGCAGAAAGCCAUGGCACCACUUCAUCCCCAUCCUGCUGGAAUGAGAAUCAAUGUUGUCAAUAACCACCAGGCCAAACAGAAUUUAUAUGACCUGGAUGAAGAUGAUGAUGGUAUAGCUUCCGUUCCUACUAAACAGAUGAAGUUUGCAGCCUCCGGCGGCUUUCUUCACCACAUGGCUGGGCUAAGUAGUUCCAAGCUUUCCAUGUCCAAGGCCCUCCCUCUUACCAAAGUGGUUCAGAAUGACGCAUACACAGCUCCUGCUCUCCCUUCCUCUGUUCGAACAAAAGCCUUGACCAACAUGUCCCGGACACUGGUGAACAAGGAAGAACCCCCCAAAGAGCUGCCACCUGCUGAGCCUGUUCUCAGCCCAUUGGAAGGCACCAAGAUGACUGUGAAUAAUCUGCACCCUCGGGUCACUGAGGAGGACAUUGUUGAACUUUUCUGUGUGUGUGGGGCCCUCAAGCGAGCUCGACUGGUCCAUCCUGGGGUAGCAGAGGUGGUGUUUGUGAAAAAGGACGAUGCCAUCACCGCAUAUAAGAAAUACAACAACCGGUGUCUGGACGGGCAGCCAAUGAAGUGCAACCUUCACAUGAAUGGGAACGUUAUCACCUCAGACCAGCCCAUCCUGCUGCGGCUGAGUGACAGCCCGUCGGUGAAAAAGGAGAGUGAGCUGCCUCGCAGGGUGAACUCUGCCUCCUCCUCCAACCCCCCUGCCGAAGUGGACCCUGACACCAUCCUGAAGGCACUCUUCAAGUCCUCAGGGGCCUCUGUGACCACGCAGCCCACAGAAUUCAAAAUCAAGCUUUGAGCAGGGGAGUGAGGCAGCCAGAAGUGGGGGCAGAGGAGGGUGGCUCUGUUUCCCCAAGGCAAAGCUUAUGACCAAUGGGCCAUCGGACUGGAGACCCCUGAUUGUGGGAAGGGUCACCAGGGGUAAAGAGCUUCCUCACUGGAUGGGACCCGCAUUUCUGUGUUGUGUUCUGCCAUGUGCUUUUCUCUGUAUGUUAACGUUUCCUGUAGUAUGUUUCUUCUCCAUCUCAUCACCAAGGUGGGCUUGUGGUUUUCAGUGUGCCUCUGCCAGCCUCAGCCCCAAGCUGAUUUCUUAUCUGGAAAUGGUACACUGAAUCUCUGGGUGGCUUUCUUGUGGCCCCAUGGGAUGCAGGCCAGGGGCUGUCUGAAGGACCCUGCUUUUUCCAGGGGCCGACAGGCUGCCUGUCGUUUGUGUGUAUUAAGCUUUUCAGACAACGGAGGGGAUGGAAAACCCUGGUAUCCUGAUGGGAGCCAGGUCGGCCUGAGAGCUGUGCCGCUCCUCUGCCUGGUCAUUGGAGGUGCCUGGGUGGGGAGCAGGUCUCAGGCCUCUUGUCCUCUCCCCAGUGGCUCCAGGCCUCACUAAUGGCAAGGGCAGGAUGAGGCUGCACCACUGGGAAGAGUGUCCAAGCUCUUGGCUUGGAGGCCCGUGCUGUCUCCGCCCAGAGGAAGUUCUCCAGAGUUCACCUUUCCCUUUUCCUUGAGUUGUGCUGAAUGCCCCACCCCAGCUCUCUUUCCCUUCUGGGUGUCUCUGCCAGGAGGGGGUUGUGUUGUGAGCCUUCCCGGUUCUCACCUCGCCUGGCACUCAUCACACCCUGGUUUUGUGCAGCUGCCAGCUCUCCUCUGGUUGGGCCUUUCAAAGGUUUAACCUCCCAUUCUGCAAUGCUGUGGGUUUGGAGCUUAUUUGAAUGGAAGAGGUCGGUUUGCUCCUGGCUCUCCAUUUCUGGCCUAAGUUGUCUACAGGACAGUGGUCAGGAGUGCCUGGAGGCAUAUAUCCAGCUGCCACCAAGAGGCACUGUUUGUUCCCACUUACGUGAGUGACCCAUCCAUCCAUGACCAGAGGUUUAUUUUCCUGCCUUGGCAGAGGAGGAGUGAAGGGAGCAGGACAGCUCUACCAGGCAAGCUGUUUCCCUAGCAUAGGCACAGGCAGUUGGGACAAAACUAUAGAGCCCAGGGGCAGACCCUGAAUGACCAGGCCAGUGUUGCCCCUGGUGCCACUGAGUGGUCCCCUGCUGGUUUGCUGGGAAUGAAGGGAAUCCAGGCUGGCAGAGCUGGAAGCAGUUGGGGAGCACAGUUCUGGGAGCUCUGCAAAAUCAGUAGCAAGUGCUGGGAAAGGUGCAUGCCAGAGAUACUCAAGAGUUCCCAAGACUUGCUUGAGGCUGACCCAGUGAAGAAAAACCCAGAGACUCAUGUUUCCAGAGGUCAGUCUGUCAGGCAGGAAGGACCCAGGGUUUGAACUCAGCUUCAGUCUGCAGACUCUGAGGCUGCCCAGGCCAGAAAAGUCCAAGGAAGGGGCCUGGUGCUCCACUUCCAGUUCUUUAAAGAAUGCUGCUUUUUAUUCUCUUAACCCCUUCAAGUGGGUGCAGACUUCUCGUUAGCAGCUGGAAGACAUUCCUCCUACACUUUACCCUUCCUGGCCCAAGAGAGCAUCCAGAAGGCAGUAGGACCUGGUUUUUCAGGUACUGGGAACAGGGGACUCAGUGCUUGGACUCUGCUUAGGGUAGGGACGGUAACUAUCCUGCCUGCAUGGCUUUACCCUCCCUCUGAUCCCAAAGCAGGGAUCUUCUGGUUGUCACAGAGUUUGAUUGAGUCCAGCCGCAGCCACGUGGCCGUCUGGAGCUGGUGCUGUAGGUGACCAUCUGGUACAUUGAGGGGACCUGUUUGCCGCCUCCACUCUAUAAGCAGUAAUCUUGGGAGACCGGAAAGAGAAGGUGGUGGGCUAGUCCUGUGUCCUCCUUCACUUCCCAUGCCCCUGUGUUACCCGUCUGUGUCUCCCGUGCAGAAGGAGAGGAAGAGGCAUUAAGGGAUGAAGGGUGAUUAUGUAUUAUCCAUUUCUGAAUAAACAUUUGGUAUUCCUA